UUCCUGUCGAGCUUCCCUUCGCAGGGACAGGAACUCCCUGCUCGCUCCCCCGCCCAUGAUAAUAAUACCGACCGACGGCAGAUUCCUCCAGCAGCCGAGAGGGACAGAAACAAGGGAAACUCUUGGACUAAAGUCACUCAAACUCGGGACGUCGUCCAGGGUCGAGAGAGGGGUCGACAUUCCGCUUUUAUGGCGCUGUAGUUUGGGUCCAUUUUUACGCAACUUUUCCCAGUUUGCCAGCUUUCCCUCCCGGCAUCAUGGCAUCCACCGUGACUUUAGAAGAUGCCCUCUCCAACGUGGACCUGCUGGAGGAGCUGCCACUCCCAGACCAGCAGCCGUGCAUUGAGCCCCUCCCCUCCUCCGUUGUGUACCAGCCAAACUUCAACACCAACUUUGAAGACAGGAAUGCAUUCGUCACCGGCAUUGCCAGAUACAUCGAGCAGGCCACCGUCCACUCCAGCAUGAAUGACAUGUUGGAAGAGGGGCAGGAGUAUGCCAUCAUGCUCUACACCUGGAGGAGCUGCUCACGUGCGAUUCCACAGGUGAAAUGCAAUGAACAACCCAACAGGGUGGAGAUCUACGAGAAGACCGUUGAAGUCCUUGAGCCUGAAGUUACCAAGCUGAUGAACUUCAUGUACUUCCAGCGCACAGCGAUCGAUCGCUUCUGUGGGGAGGUCCGUCGUCUGUGUCACACAGAGCGCAGGAAAGACUUUGUCUCAGAGGCGUACCUGCUAACCCUCGGAAAGUUCAUCAACAUGUUUGCAGUCCUGGAUGAGCUGAAGAACAUGAAGUGCAGCGUCAAGAACGACCACUCUGCAUACAAACGAGCUGCUCAGUUCCUCAGAAAGAUGUCUGAACCCUCAUCCAUCCAGGAGUCUCAGAACUUGUCCAUGUUUCUGGCAAACCAUAACAAGAUCACACAGUCGUUGCAGCAGCAGCUGGAGGUGAUCAAUGGUUAUGAAGAGUUGCUGGCAGACAUCGUCAACCUGUGUGUGGAUUACUACGAGAACAAGUUGUAUCUCACCCCCAGUGAGAAACACAUGCUUCUCAAAGUCAUGGGUUUUGGGUUGUACCUUAUGGAUGGAAACAGCAGCAACAUCUACAAACUGGAUGCCAAGAAGAGAAUAAACCUCACAAAGAUCGACAAGUUUUUCAAGCAACUCCAGGUGGUCCCACUUUUUGGUGACAUGCAGAUCGAGUUGUCCCGCUACAUCAAGACCAGUGCUCACUUUGAAGAAAACAAGUCCAGGUGGACGUGCACAUCCAUAUCCAGCAGCCCCCAGUACAACAUCUGCGAGCAGAUGCUUCAGAUCAGAGAUGAUCACAUGCGCUUCAUCUCCGAGCUCGCUCGUUACAGCAACAGCGAGGUGGUGACUGGAUCAGGGCGUCAAGAGGCCCAGAAGACAGAUACUGAGUACAGGAAGCUGUUUGACUUGGCUCUGCAGGGCAUGCAGCUGCUCUCCCAGUGGAGCGCUCACGUCAUGGAAGUGUACUCCUGGAAACUGGUCCAUCCAACAGACAAAUACUCCAACAAGGAGUGCCCUGACAACGCCGAGGAGUACGAGAGAGCCACCCGCUACAACUAUACAAGUGAGGAGAAGUUUGCCCUUGUGGAGGUGAUGGCUAUGAUAAAGGGACUGCAGGUGCUGAUGGGACGGAUGGAGAGUGUGUUCAAUCACGCCAUCCGUCACACCAUCUACUCGGCGCUGCAGGACUUCGCUCAAGUGACUUUGCGUGACCCACUGCGGCAGGCGAUCAAGAAGAAGAAAAAUGUGAUCCAGAGCGUCCUCCAGGCCAUCCGGAAGACGGUGUGCGACUGGGAGACCGGCCGGGAGCCCCACAACGACCCUGCCCUCCGUGGAGAAAAAGAUCCAAAGGGAGGCUUUGACAUCAAAGUUCCCCGUCGAGCUGUGGGGCCCUCCAGCACACAGCUCUACAUGGUGAGGACCAUGCUGGAGUCCCUCAUUGCUGACAAAAGUGGCUCCAAGAAGACCCUGCGCAGCAGUCUCGAGGGCCCCACCAUCAUGGACAUUGAGAAGUUUCACCGCGAGUCCUUCUUUUACACACAUCUGCUGAACUUUAGUGAGACUUUGCAGCAGUGCUGUGAUCUUUCCCAGCUUUGGUUCAGGGAGUUUUUCCUGGAGCUCACAAUGGGGCGCAGGAUCCAGUUCCCCAUUGAAAUGUCCAUGCCGUGGAUCCUCACCGACCACAUCCUGGAUACCAAGGAAGCUUCCAUGAUGGAGUAUGUGCUGUAUCCCCUGGAUUUGUACAACGACAGUGCACACUACGCUCUGACCAAAUUCAAGAAGCAGUUCCUUUACGAUGAAAUAGAGGCUGAGGUCAACUUGUGCUUUGAUCAAUUUGUCUACAAGCUUGCUGAUCAGAUAUUUGCCUACUACAAGAUACUAGCUGGAAGUCUUCUGCUUGACAAGCGUUUGAGGGCUGACUGCAAGAACCAGGGCGCCAACAUUCCCUGGCCUCCCUCCAACCGCUACGAGACUCUGCUGAAGCAGCGCCACGUCCAGCUCCUCGGCCGCUCCAUCGAUCUGAACAGACUCAUCACUCAGAGGGUUUCAGCAGCUCUCCAGAAGUCUCUGGAGCUGGCCAUCAACCGCUUCGAGAGUGAGGAUCUCACCUCCAUAAUGGAACUGGAGGGCCUUCUGGAUAUCAAUCGCCUGACACACAAGCUCCUCAGCAAGUUCUUGACUCUGGACAGCUUGGACGCCAUGUUUCGUGAGGCCAACCACAACGUUUCAGCACCUUAUGGGAGGAUAACGCUGCACGUCUUCUGGGAGCUGAAUUACGACUUCCUGCCCAACUACUGCUACAAUGGCUCUACCAACAGGUUUGUGCGCACCAUCCUGCCGUUCUCUCAGGAGUUCCAGAGGGAUAAGCCCUCCAACGCUCAGCCUCAGUAUCUGUACGGGUCGAAGACCUUGAAUCUGGCGUACAACAGCAUAUUUGGCACCUACAGGAACUUUGUUGGCCCUCCACACAUUAAGGUCAUGUGCAGACUACUGGGCUACCAGGGUAUUGCCGUGGUGAUGGAGGAGCUCCUAAAAGUCGUUAAAAGCCUGCUUCAGGGCACCAUAAUGCAGUAUGUGAAGACUCUGAUGGAAGUGAUGCCCAAGAUCUGCAGACUUCCACGCCACGAGUAUGGCUCGCCAGGCAUCUUGGAGUUCUUUCACCACCAGCUCAAGGACAUUGUGGAGUACGCUGAGCUGAAGACGGUGUGCUUCCAGAACCUGCGGGAGGUGGGCAAUGCCCUCCUGUUCUGCCUGCUGAGCGAGCAGAGUCUGUCGCAGGAAGAGGUUUGUGAUUUGCUCCACGCCGCACCUUUCCAAAACAUUCUUCCCAGAGUCCACGUCAAAGAAGGCGAGCGGCUGGAUGCCAAGAUGAAGCGCUUGGAGGCCAAAUACACAGCGCUGCACAUGGUUCCUCUGAUAGAGCGUCUCGGUACCCCACAGCAAAUAGCCAUCGCUCGUGAGGGCGACCUGCUGACCAAAGAGAGGCUCUGCUGCGGCUUGUCCAUGUUCGAGGUCAUCCUCACACGUGUGCGAGGUUUCUUGGAUGACCCCAUCUGGCGCGGGCCGUUGCCGAGCAACGGCGUGAUGCACGUGGACGAGUGUGUGGAGUUCCACCGCCUCUGGAGUGCCAUGCAGUUCGUCUACUGCAUCCCCGUGGGAGCCCACGAGUUCACAGUGGAGCAGUGCUUUGGAGAUGGCCUCCACUGGGCGGGGUGCAUGAUCAUCGCCCUGCUGGGACAACAGAGACGCUUUGACAUCCUCGACUUCAGCUAUCACCUCCUUAAGGUGCAGAAGCACGACGGCAAGGAUGAGGUCAUCAAGAGUGUGCCUCUAAAGAAGAUGGUGGACAGAAUCCGCAAGUUCCAAAUCCUGAACGAUGAGAUCUUUGGAAUCCUGAACAAGUACCUGAAGUCUGGAGACGGAGAGAACAUGCCGGUGGAACACGUGCGAUGCUUCCAGCCACCGAUACACCAGUCGCUCGCCAGCAGCUGAGAUGCUGCUCCCACCGUCGAUAAUGUGGACCAGCAUGACAUUUCAGAUACAUUACCAGACUAUUUACAAAUAUUCCUCCUAGUAUUUAGGGCUGCAAUAGCAAAAGGACCAUUAAAUGUUAAAGUUGGGCCACUUUUUUUUUGUCUGAACAUAUCUAUAUAUUUUUUGUAUUCACUUGUGCCUUAUCUGAAAAGAAUAGACACCGCCCCCUUUGGAUGAACUAUUCUUUGUUUUUAUACCUGCAGAAAGCCAGAAAUCAGGGAGGGUAAUUCAUUUUAUCAGACAAGUAUUUAAGGGUUUGCAGUGGUGGAAUAUUGAGGGUGAAUAGAAACCUAUUUUAAGAAGAAGUGAAAGUAAAUUUAUAAUUUCUACACUGUUGAACAUGCAUGCUAAACAUUUGACCUGAAACUGAAAAAUAACAAAGCUCAUACUCUUAAGCAUUUAUUCACUGUGCCUUGUGUUGAGAUGUUUUAAUUCAAUAAAUAUGUAACAAAUCAGUUGGUUCAUCUUAAGAGCUUUUUCAUGUAAAAACUAACCCUAGGACAAAAAAAAAGUUCAAAAUGUCCCGAACAUAAAUUGUUACUU